GCCGGCACCCGGUAGCACCCACUGGGUGCCGGAGGGAUGGGUGCUGCGGGUGGGAGUGGGGUGCUGCUGUUUGGGGUGCUGUGGGUGGCCCUGGCCGGCGCUGUCACGGACGAGCCGCCGGCGCACACCCUGGCCGAGGUGCUCUUCUGCCAGCCGGCCCGGCCCUCCCUGGGCUCCACCUUCACCUUCGACGCCGACCAACUCUUCUGGUUCGACUUCCCGCGCUCCCGCUGGACCCCCCGCCUGCCCGACUUCCCCCCCUGGCCCCCCGCUUUGGAGACCCCCCCCCAGCUCCUCCGGGACGCCACGUUCUGCCAGAGCCUGCGCCGCACCCUCACCGAGGCCGUCACCGACAUCACGCCGGAGGCCAAGGGCAUCCCGGUGGCCGACGUCUUCCCGGUGCGACCGCCGGCCUUGGGCGAGCCCAACACGUUGGUGUGCAUGGUGGGAAACAUCUUCCCGCCGGCGGUGGAGAUCAGUUGGCAGCUGGACGGGGUCCCCGUCACCCAAGGGGUCACCCACACCCACUACACCCCCACGGCCGACCUGGCCUUCGUCCGCUUCUCCUACCUGCCGGUGACACCCGCUGCCGGCGACGUCUACACUUGCGUCAUCACCCGGGAAGGAGACAACUCCUCCGUCAUCGCCUACUGGGUCCCCCAAAACCCCGUCCCCUCCGAGGUGCUGGAGACGGCGCUGUGCGGCGCCGCCGUGGUGUUGGGCAUCCUCCUGGCGCUGCUCGGCAUCGCCAUGGUCUUGACGGCCCGGCGGAGCACCCACGGUUAAGGACGAGGCAGCGCAGAGGCCGGCGCAGCUCGGUGCAGGAGUGGAGAUGGCGGCCGGAGGGAGGGGGUGGGGGUGUGGCAACCCCCCCCCCCCCACUUUGCAGCAAUAAAACCCGGUGCCCCGUGUCCCCCACCCCGCGCUGGGGAACGGUGGUGGGGUGGCCCGGUGGUGGCUUCUCCGCUGUCUAAUAUCAGGGUUGAGCCGUGCCGUAUAACGCCCCCCCACCCCCCCACCCCCCUUCAAAAUAAAACUGUUUCUCAGCGA